AUGCUUAAGGGCUCGACGCCUUUGAAGGACAACCCAACUUCGUCCGUGGAUCGCACACUACCGUCAUUGAAGGUUCUAAAAGCUUCACAGCCAGAUUUGGAAUCGAGUCCGAGUGCAAUGCUUGAGGACUCUACUUCUCUGAAUGAUGAUCUGAUGAGUGUCCAUAGCAGUGCCAAUAAAACUGACCGGCUGAGGUUCCUUUCUGGCAGAAUGAGUCCGGAAAGCACGUCUAUAAGGCAAAGUUUCGAUUCAUCUUCAGUGUGGGGAAGACAGGGCAGGUUUAACGCCGCGGGGAACGUAAUGCGUAGCGGAAGUAUGGAAUUUUCUCCACUUGGUAACAACUCGGUUUACGAAUUGGUCAUGAAUACGCGGCGCAAAAAUUGGUUAAAGAGACCAACAACUGAUGAUAUACCACCAGUAAUUUUAAGCAAGAACAAAGUUUUCGAUACUUGGCGCGAGAACACUAGCAAGUACGUUGAGGAAGUUGAAUCCGACUAUGCUGUUUUCGAGCAUCACAACAGUUUAGAAACCGCCAAGGGCUUGGGAAGGCUACCGCUGGACGAGACCAGUGAUGUAAAAACCGAUGCUUCGGAAGACGAAACUGGGCAUGACCGUGACGAAAUCAUUGGCAGCCAGGGGUAUGGCAAUAUUAAAAGGCUGCCGAGCUUCUAUUUCGAUGAGAAGUUCAGGUUAGACGACACACGAACGUUUAGGAAGAUCGUUGAUGAUUCAGAUCUGCACGUUGAUAGCUUACGCUCCGAAUCACUUCAAAACAGAAGCGAAGCAUAUCAAAGCAUAAAACAAAGACUUUCAGAGCAUCUCGAUAGCAUUGAAAACUUACUGUUGGCAGAAAUAUCAAAGUCAUCAAAUAGCUUCUUUUUCGCGCUAGAAGAUGUUGACAAGAUAAAAUCCAAAGCAGCCGAUACAAUCGAAAAGCUCAAUGUAAUUUCUAGCGGCUUAGCCGCAGUUGAUAGACAGCAUUUUCAAUCCCUUAUAAUGGUUUUGAAGAAAAAGGUGAAGAGGAAAAACAUUGAAAAGCUUGAGCAAGGCUUACUACAGGCCAAACUCGUUACCGAGCUUGUUUCUCAAUGCCACAGUCUUUUCAAGGAGAAUAAAUACGAGGAAUGCUGGAAGCUGAUAGGGCAUGUUGAGAAUUUACUAAAGGGGGACGACGAUAAUGACAAGCGUAUUCAACAGAUGACGAAAAAGUGGCCCUACAAACUUUCAGAUUUGACCUCUGUGCCCGCUUUUGCACAAACGCGAGAGGAACUGCAAGGAAUGACAACUGAAAUUGGGGCAGCGUUCUCAAACGACUUUUGCGAUACCUUAUUGGAGGAAAUUAGGACAAGCUAUACGCCGGAGGUUGAGCUUGGGAAAGGUGUCAUUGAUUCCAGCUUCUUAAGAAGCUCAAAAAAGGAUGCAGAAUUGGCCGAUAGAAUUAAGAACUCCGCGGAAAAGCUGGUCCAAUGCCACGAAUUGGCGAACGCCUUUCAGCUUUACAACGAUAGAUUCAUCGCGGAGCUGAAAAACAUCAUCAAAGAUUUUCUACCAAGAGAGCAAGAGAACAACCAGGACGCUUACGAGAGCUCUGCGGAGUCUAGAAGUUCGGGCAGCGGGUCAAAACUGUCACGACUAAUCAGAAGUUUAACACCUGCUGAGUUUCAAGAAAUGUUGAUCAAGAUUUUUGUUCGCGAAAACCAGGCGCUCUGGAGGCUUUCAAGGCAUCAAAAAGUUCUACUUGACGUAGCACUUGCAGCUAUCACUGACGAUUCACGCCAAAACGUGUCCAGUCCCGAAACAAUAAUGCAAUUAGAUAUCAAUCCAGCUAUUCAUGAGGGCACACGGAUCGUUCAGCUACGAAUGGGCAAAAUCAUAGCUGUCAGACGGGAUAUCAAUGCCAAACUGAGAUACGACCACUUCCUACGACUUUGCAGCGUAUGUUUUUGGUUUGAUCGUGAGUGUGAAAACAUCACCGGGGUAUUUCUCACGCAGUACCUGAAGGACGUGCUAGCAGCGCAAAUAAAGGCGUACGCUAGCACGUUGAACUCUCAAAACGCUCAGUCGGUACGUAAUGCGAUAGACCAAGAAGCCUGGACUCCUCGGGUCGUCGAGCCUGAAGUGCAGCAAAACGUCAACGAGAUCGUCUCUUGCGUCCACAUGACUCCAUCCAGCUGGACUAAACUGAUGGACCUGGUCGACAAAAAUGAGCAAGAUACGGUGGUACCACAAUCAGAGGCGCAGGACACCGAAAAAGCCGUAUCAAAAGGUCACAAGAAGUCUGUUGUCGUGAACGACAAGACAUUCGUGGCGAGCAAUGCUCUACUAGAAAUGAUCGGGAUGGUCAGGGCUGUUCUGGUGCUGUCCGCGAAUCUGCCCAGCUCUUUCCUAGUCACUUUCGAAAAGAUGUGCUACGAUAUGGUGAUGUACUUCAACUCAAGGGCUAUGGCCUCCGUGUCUGUGGGACCUGACAACAUGCCGUCCACGAAAAGCGGGAAAAACCUCAGCAUCUUGGGCGAGUCUUUGGACUGUCUAGCUGAGCUAACGGCGAUGGUUCAAAUGUUUUACCAACGUAUGAGCAGUAACUUCCGAGACUACGAAGCUAUGGCGCCUGAAACGUACAUGCAGCUAUUUAAGACAUUCCAAGCGUCGUCGGAAAAGCUGUAUCAAGCGCAUGCUCCCCCUCCACCUAUUUGA